AUGGAAGGGAAGUGCGAUUCUGGACAGAUGUGUGGUGUGGUGUGGUGUCUUUACAGAUUCGGUUUCCAAGGGUAUUCACAUUUCGCAUUGUCUUUAAAGAAAGAAGCUUCAGUGGCAGAGAUGGGAAACCAGAUGGGUGAGUCUUGGGUGUGGGAUCUGGAGUUCAGACGAGAUUUUUUUCAUUGUGAAUUGGAUCAAUACCAAAGCUUUUUACAUCUGUUACAGACCACAGUUUCUACUGUUGGAGUGGAUGCUCUAUUUUGGAGAGGAGAUGCUAUGGGUGUGUACUCGGUGAAGGGCUUGUGCAAUGUCUUAGAGGAGAAAUGGUUGUGUGAGGCAGGAUGGGUGGUGCCAAAAUUGCUCAGCAAGUUGUUGCCUACUAAAGUGACAACAUUCAUGUGGCAAUUGCAGAGGAACAGAGUUGCGACUAAAGAUAACUUUAUGGAGAAGGGUAUCAGCUUGCCGGAUAAUGGGAUAUGUGGGCUGUGCAUGUUAAGCGUCGAAUCAUCUUCGCAUCUCUUCCUUCACUGUAGUGAGGUGUGGGCUUUAUGGUGUAAAGUUCUAUGA